AUGAUAGGGGCUCUUGAAGCCCAUGGCGUCUUAAAGCUUUUCGAUCCCUUCUUCUACCGCCGUGUGGCCAGAAGGGAAUCAGCCGUGAUCAUCACAAACGUUCCUGACAUGCACGUCUGUGCUAGAAUGUGCCUGGAUGCGGACUUCCCGUGUGGUGUCUUUGAAUACUACAUAGCAGGAAUGAUCAUAGAUGUGAAGAAUCAAACCAAACCCGUUUAUGAUUGUCUGAUGGAUGGACCCGGCAUGGUGAUGGUUCAUCUGUCAACACCCGAGUCAAAAAGAAUAAACUUUCACCAGUUUGUCAGAAAGAUGGAUAUUUCAGCUGGAGACAAUGCCGUGUUCAUAUCAGGUACAGAUGUCAUCUUGUCUCCUUCUUACCUCCCUGCAAACUCCUUCAACCCUUCUCCUUCCUUCUCCUCCUCCUCCAACUCUUCCUCCUCUCCACUCUCCUGGACAAUUCGUCUCUCUGAAGUCAACUACAACACCAUCGUCUUCAAGAUGCUCGCUGUCAAAGGUCAAAUUGAUUGUGGUAACUGGUCCUCUUUCUCUCUGCUCUCAAUCAAUGGUGGAGGUAAUUUCACAGCAAGUAGUGGUAAGGUGGGGACAGCUAGAUGUCUCAACGAAUUCGUCGUAGGGGAGACGUUCAACGUCGAUUCGGCAGAAGUUUUCAUCACUUACUUCGCCACGGAUUUGAUAGAGACGGGAUUUAUGUUGGAGUAUAACGCAAGAUGGUUGUGUAACCAGAGUUUUAUCGCUUCUCCUGGGUCUAUCAGCUCACCACGAUUCUACUCUCUCAGGCAGACAUAUCCACCCAAUAUCCGCUGUCAUUACUCCAUCACGGCACCACCAAACCUCGUCGUCGCACUUCAUAUGGACUCCUAUCAAAUCGAACCAGACAUGGAAGAGGGAGCAUGUGACUUUGAUAGUCUCAGUAUCUUUGAUGGUAACAGCACCGAUGCACUGAGACUGGAGUAUCUCUGUGGGUAUAGUCAAGCUCCUGUAUCAGUGCUAUCAAACUCCAGCUCGCUCUAUUUGGUAUUCAGCACAGAUGAGUCAGGGCAGUACGCAGGAUUUGCAGCCUCAUUCUCGUUCAUGGAUCAGAUUAAGGGAAAAGACGAAGAAGAGGGAGAGCUGAGAAGUCAUGACGAGAUGUCAGAUUUUGACAGAUUAAAGGGAUUUAUGUAUGAAUCGUCUCAAACUUCAAAGCUCACAACGACAUCUCAAUCGACCUAUCCCAAAGGCAUGACAACCUCUUCUAAAGGUGUUUACGAGAGCAGGGAGCAGAUCAACCACGAGCUGAACGAUGAUUCCCUCAAUAAGAGUACGUUGGCGAUCAUGCCAAAAGCGAAGAAGAAAUCCGUGGCCGGGAGGAAGAGGGGUGGCGAGACGGCGCCCAGGGCAACGUUACCUCCAAGUCAGGCGGAGAAUCCGAGAGCGGAUGCAGCGUUACCCCCAAGUCAGGCGAGGAAAAGUCCGAGGGCAAGGGCGAAGGCAACGUCAACGCCUGUCGGAGUGGGCCCCAGCGGCGCCGACGAUCAGGGCGGGUUUGUGCUUGCAGACUACAACUAG